CCGCGGUGGGUCGGGGGCACAUGCAGAGGCCAGUCAGCGGCGGAACUGCUACUAGACAAGAAAAUCACUUGCACCACAGAGGGCUGUGUGCUCGUCAGAGACCAAAGAAGAGAAAGACACGGCCACUCUCAGACCUGGGGACACCCCUCUGGGCCGGGCACCGUCCGAGCGGCCCCGGAGCGGGAAGCAGUGUCCUGCUGACGAGGCUGGUCCACGUCCCCAGCUGCUGUGAGGGACGAGGCGGCAGAGGCCGCCAGCUGCCUCCCGUGCCGGGGUCUCAGGCCGGGGGCAUCAGGCACAGGCCGCAAAGCUGGGCCAGGACGUGCCCUUUCAAUGUUUCCAUCCUUGUCACCAUGGAAACCCAGGAAUCCAGGCCUGGAACAUGGUGCCCUUUCAAUAUUUCCAUCCUUGUCACCAUGGAAACCCAGGAAUCCAGGCCUGGAACAUGGUGCCCUUUCAAUAUUUCCAUCCUUGUCACCAUGGAAACCCAGGAAUCCAGGCCUGGAACAUGGUGCCCUUUCAAUGUUUCCAUUCUUGUCACCAUGGAAACCCGCCAAUCCGGGCAGGGACAUGCCCUGUCAAUGUUUCCAUGCAUGUCACUAUGGAAACCGGAAUCUGGGCGGGGACAUGCCCUUUCGACGUUUCCAUCUGUGUCACCAUGGAAACCCAGGAAUCAGGCCUGGGACAUGGUGGCCUUUCAAUGUUUCCAUGCAUGUCACCAUGGAAACCCGCCAAUCUGGGCAGAGACAUGUCAUUUCAAUGUUUCCAUCCGUGUCACCAUGGAAACCCAGGAAUCAAGCCUGGGACAUGGUGCCCUUUCAAUGUUUCCAUCCGUGUCACCAUGGAAACCCGCCAAUCUGGGCAGAGACAUGUCAUUUCAAUGUUUCCAUCCGUGUCACCAUGGAAACCCAGGAAUCAGGCCUGGGACAUGAUGCCCUUUCAAUGUUUCCAUCCGUGUCACCAUGGAAACCCGCCAAUCCGGGCGGGGACAUGCCCUUUCAAGGUUUCCAUCCGUGUCACCAUGGAAACUCACAAAUCUGGGCGGAGACAUGGUGCCCUUUCAAUGUUUCCAUCCGUGUCACCGUGGAAACCUGCGGGUCUCUGCAGGAAGCUAAGCGGGUGACAUUUUCUUAUCAGAACCUUGAGUCCCCAAGGGAGGACAGCCAUGAAGAGACUCAGGCCACCGCAGGGUCAGGCGGUGAUCCUUCUAGAACAGGCGGCAGGUGAGCCGGCGGACGGACCACGGGCAGACGAGAGUAGCAGAGUCUCAAGAAAGCUGCCUGUCUCCAACCAGCGGGGGACUCGGCCCUGCGGGCGUGGCGUGGGGCGUCCCCGGAAACGAAGGCUCCUGGCUGCGGAAGACGGGCACCUGGGAGCACGAGCGCGGCACCUUGUGUGGAGAGCGAGUGGCGGACGUGGCUGCUGACUGGUCCACGAAGCUGUCCGAUGCCGACCACAGGCGACGCCUGGGCUUUUUAGAAGCUUUUCCGGUAAACGGGGAAGGCGAGGGUGCCGAUUAUCCGGACGCCGAAGCCGCCUGCGGUGACCUGCAGGCGGGCCCGCCCUCCGAUACCUCUGUGCUCCGUCGGCAACGUGUGCCCGUCCGCUUGAAACUGUCUCUCCGUCUUGUAUGCGCUGCACAGCCGUGUCCCCGCCACCAGGGGCUGAAUACAACAUUGAAAACAAGGAGUGCAAAAAAAGGG